CAAGUAGUUCUAAGGCUGUGCAUGUUACCCAGUUUGACUCAUCUAUCCGUACAACAUUUAAUAUAUAAAUAUCAAUGAGUCUAGAGAGAGAAUCGACUUUUUUAUACAGAAAAUAAUAAGAAUAGUCUUUUAUUUUGGUGCAAUAAUCUGCUUUUCAGAACAUUCUAAUCUCUUUUGUUCUCUCUUAGCCAACAGUCAGUAGAACACUUCAUUCAUCGAACAAUGGUCAAAUGUUGAACAGAAGUGAUAUUAGGAGUGACAUUGAAAAUAAUAAUGUUCCUCAGUUAUUUAAUUCUGGUGGUGAUGAUUGCUUUCCAUCAUCAUUAGAUGAAGAGAUAGCAUUGGAUUUGCAACGUCAAGAAUAUGAACGUGGUACUAUUGACAACAGACAAAAUCGUCAACAGGAUUCGAUUCAUAUCCACUUUAAUAAUUAUAAUCAUGGUGAAUCAAUGGCAUUAGCAGCUGCAUUGGAAUCAGAACCAAAUCAUACAAAUGAAGAUUAUAGUAAUUUAGACGUCGAAGCUAGACGUCGUUAUCAACGAGAACGAGAGGCGCUACAAAACUAUGGAGUAGAUAUGUCGUAUGAUCCUUCAAUGUCUAAUUCACCUGUUAAUCAACAACGACUUAUGCACGGUCUUUCUGGACUGCAUAAUAGGCCCUUUCCUAUUUUUCAAGAUAGAAAUCAUGAUAUAAGAAAUUUACAACAACAUGAAGGUGAUUUUGGAGCAGAAGAUUAUGAAACAUUAUUAGAAUUGGAUGAACAGACUGAUGCAAAUAAACACAAAUUGAAUGAAUAUGAAAUUAAUCAAAUACCAACAGGAACAUUCAAAAACGUGAAUAAUUUCACAACAGAAGAAAACACAUGUAGUAUAUGUUUUGAUACUUUUGAAGAAAAUCAAAUAUUACAUUAUUAUCGAUGUACUCAUAAAUUUCAUAAAGAAUGUUCAGCUCGUUGGUUACUGGAAAAUAAUGUUUGUCCAAUUUGCCGUGUACCUCCAAUAGAAGUGGAACGACCAGCUGUACAGCAUCGUUCACCCGUUCGUCGUCUAUCUGGUACAUCAUAUAAUACGAACAAUAAUCGUGGUCAAAAUAAUAGGCGAGGCAGAAGAUAA